AUGCUCUCCGGGGCCCCGCCGCCCGCCGGCUUCCCCAGCCCGCAGCCCCCCCCCCCGCAGCCCCCCCCGCCGCCGCCGCCGCCCGCCGCCCCCCCCCACGGGCCGCCCCCGCCGCCGCUGCCGCCGUUCCCCGGGAAGGGAGGCCUGCAGAUCCGGAAGAAUGCCAUCACGGACGACUACAAGGUCACCACGCAAGUGCUGGGGCUCGGCAUCAACGGGAAAGUUUUGGAGAUCUUCAGCAAGAAGAGCGGGGAGAAGUUCGCCCUCAAGAUGCUGCAGGAUUGCCCCAAGGCCCGCAGGGAAGUGGAGCUGCACUGGAGGGCGUCGCAGUGCGCGCACAUCGUCCGCAUCAUGGACGUCUACGAGAACCUCUACCAGGGGAGGAAGUGUCUGCUCAUCGUCAUGGAGUGCCUGGAUGGCGGGGAGCUCUUCAGCCGGAUCCAGGACCGGGGAGACCAGGCCUUCACAGAACGGGAGGCUUCAGAGAUAAUGAAGAGCAUUGGGGAAGCCAUCCAGUACCUGCACUCGAUCAACAUCGCGCACCGGGACGUGAAGCCGGAAAACCUCUUGUACACCUCCAAAAGGCCCAAUGCUGUGUUAAAGCUCACUGACUUUGGCUUUGCUAAAGAAACCACCACGCACAACUCCUUGGCCACGCCGUGCUACACGCCGUACUACGUGGCCCCCGAGGUGCUGGGCCCAGAGAAAUAUGACAAAUCCUGUGACAUGUGGUCCCUCGGCGUCAUCAUGUACAUCCUGCUGUGUGGGUACCCCCCCUUCUACUCCAACCACGGCCUCGCCAUCUCCCCCGGCAUGAAGAAGCGGAUCCGCAUGGGCCAGUACGAGUUUCCCAACCCCGAGUGGUCGGAAGUGUCGGAGGAAGUGAAGCAGCUGAUCCGCAACCUGCUGAAGACGGACCCGACCCAGCGCAUGACGAUAACGGAGUUCAUGAACCACCCCUGGAUCAUGCAAUCCAUGCAGGUGCCGCAGACGCCGCUGCACACCAGCCGCGUGCUGAAGGAGGAGAAGGAUCUGUGGGAGGACGUGAAGGAGGAGAUGACGAGCGCGCUGGCCACCAUGCGAGUGGACUACGAACAAAUCAAGAUCAAGAAAAUCGAGGAUUCCUCCAACCCUUUGCUCAUGAAGAGGCGAAAGAAAGCCAACCCUGCGGAGCCCACAGCGCUCCCCCACUGAGGGCACGAGCACCGGCAGCCCUCGAGAAAGCAAUAACUAUAUAUAUAUAUUUUUUAAGAAAAAGACACAAAGAGACUGACUGUUCUAUCAAGCGCAUGGAGUUCAGACAUUUAUACCAGACUAGUUAUUUUUAGCUACUCACCUGUGUUUCUCGCCUUUCUGGAGCAGGCGACGCGAUAUCCCCGUCAGAUCCACGCGCGUCAGCCGGGGGGUUCUGUCCUGUAGGUGGAUGACACCGAUAAUUGGAUUUUAUUUUCUUCUUUCGUGAAACAUUUCGGCUUUUUGUUUUUUGUUUUGUUUUCCUUCCUUCCAAAGACAUGGAAAUUCCUGUGGUGACCUUUGUAGGGUAUAUAACGUAUACGUAUUUUUUAAAAACUACUGUAGAGCUGAAACCCAGGCAGCGCGGCCCUGGGAGCGCUGGCUAGAGGCAGGCUUCGGGCAGGGGGACAGGAAUGGGGAUGGGGACGGGGACGGGGAGCUCCCUCCCCAUGGGGGGACAGGGAUGGGGAGCUCCCUCCCUGCAGGGGGACAGGGACGGGUGCAGGAGGGCGCAUGCUGUUUGCCGGCCUGGAAAUCUGCUGCUUUUAAAGCAUGCUUUGGGGGGGAAAAAAAACAAACAACAAACACCACCAAAAAAAAACAAACCCAAACCAGCAAGCCCUCCCUGAACUGGAAGCCUCGACGCUGCCCGGGGCGCGCAGGGCUCCCCGCGAGGGCCGCAUGUCUGUGCUGCUGUCUGUCUGUGCGUGGCUGUGCGUCGUGUCCGUCGGUACGGAGGUGCUGCCUCCCCCCUCCGUGACGCCCGCCGGGGUCUGUGUGUGCCUGCGAUCCAGUUCUGACCUCAGGGGUUGGCGGGGGGAGAGGUGGGAGGCCGGUGCCCCCCCUGCGCCCCCCGCUCUGUGCAGGGCAAGGGUGCUCCCCCCUGCCUCCAGCCACCCCUUCUGCCCCCCCAGAGCAAGAUGCUGUGCUGGGGGUCCCGGGGGUGAUGGAGGAGAUGGGGGUGCAGUGGUGCGGGGCUGGGGUCACUCUGUCCCUCCCCAACCCCCCCAGUGUGGUUCCUGCAGGGGGUCUGGGAGCGAUCCCCUGCUCCCGGAGCAGAACGGCUGCGCUGGAGUCUUUAGUCCAUGAAUAAUUAUUAUUAUUAUUUGUCACAAUGUUUCACUGCGUUUAAUGUGUUUGAAUGGGGAAAAAAAAGAUUUUUUAAGGCAAUGUUUAGUUUUUAGGUGAUCUUUUAGACACUGUAUGGAAUUUUAAUUUGUUUUAAGAAGCAGUUUUUAUCUUUUUUUUUUUUUCCUCCGUCUGUUGGCUUAUACUAAUCUUCCUGGUCUGCUCUUCAGUCCUUUGGAUUAAAGACACUUAACGCGUCA